AUGAAGGCCAUCGAUUUUGCAAAUACCCGUCCACGUCAAAAAUGCACUGUGCGCAGCAGCCCGCAGCAGCAGGCGGAAGCGCAGUGCAAAGCUCAGCCAUACAAAGUUGGCUCGCCUCCACCUCCAAGUAACGCACGCGCUCACCACCACAACCCCGCCACUCGCUCCUCCCCUCCGCACAAUCAGCACCACUGCCAGCCACCCCCAGACCACCUCAAAGACGCAGUACCAGCACACAAAGCUCAGCCCGCUCGAAGCCCGCUCGAAGCCCGCUCGGACUUCCACCAGCUUCCCGUUCCGGUUCUGCCAAAGCGAGCACCGGACCGCCUGCAAGACGCAAGAUCACAAGAGCCACGUAUCUCACACUGGACACGUGCUCAGCGCUACGACUCAGCCAAUUGGAUUCGAGCCGCCAUGAAUCCGUUGGAGCUGCCGCUGCCUGUGGUGGUGGAUAACCUGCUGCCGCUGCUGUCGAAUGCGGAUCUCGCCGCACUGCGCUCCGUAUCUAAGCACGCCAAAGCGCUCGUCGAGGAUGAAGUGCUCUGGAAACGAAAGGUGCUUGCCGACUUUACGUUCCCGCAGCAUGCGACGGCACGCAUGGGUGGAUGGUUGAACCUCUACCGCGGACUCAGCAACCCGCACGUCUACGUCUGGGGCCAGCUGAGCCAGGGUCGUUUGGGUCUCGACCUCGAUCAGCUCGAUGGCGAUGUUGCGCGAGACGCAAACAGCAUCCAUGGCGGCAUCCCAUACCCAGUCCGACUCACAGCGAUUGGGUCGGCGAGCACGCAGCGGACACUGGCGGACGAUGCUGGUGCGGUGGUGGAGAUUGUUGCGGGAGGAUGGGCGUUCCACGCUCGCACCUCGACGGGCAGGGUGUGGCACUGGGGCACCAUGGAUGGCGAGACGUUUGCGGGCCCACGCGCGUCGAUGCGCGAUCCUGGAAGCAAAGUGGCCACGCCCCAACUCAUGCAUGGCCUGCCGAACGUGCAGUCGCUUGCGGGAGGCAGAUGCCACGCAGUCGCACUCUCCACCGACCACGAGCUGCUAGAGUGGCGUGCAUGGGGCAGCGUCUGGAAGCUCGAAGAUCUGCCAGCGAGUAUUACCAAUCCAUCCCCCGCCGCACACGCGAUCGAAGGUGGGCAAGCACCGAAAAGCAACAUCAAGCAGCUCGAGGCGGGAUGGUCGUUCUCGGCUGUGCUGACGCAUACAGGCGAGGUUUGGCUGUGGUAUUCUGACUGGACUGCCGACGAGUUUCAGCGCAAGUACUACGACGGACACGAGCGCGAGAGCAUGCUGCAUGCCGAUCCACCCGGCUACGGCGAUCAAAAGGUCUUCCCGCUGCGGGUGGAGCCGGUGUGUUUGCCGCGCAUUCCGGGCGAGGGUGACGCGCAGCAUAUCGUGCAGAUCGCUGCGGGCGAGGACUUUAUCGUCGCACUCAGCGCGUCUGGGACGCUGCAUCGCAUCGACUUGCAUCUGCCGCCGCCAACGGGAAACGAGUGGCAGACUAUACGCCAGGCGUAUGCGCUGCGACGCGAUGAUGACGACCUCGGCGUGGUGGUGCACCGUCUUCGCAUGAAGCGCUUCCUCGAAACUCACGCACGCUGGCAGGCACUUGCAGCAUUCGAACGGCCCGAAUCGCAUCCGGAUUUCGAUCCGACGUGGCUGGCGCGAGGAGUGGCUGGGCGUAUCACGCACAUUUCGGCGCACUUUCGCCGAUUUGUGGUCAUUGUCCCUGUGAUCCACAACGACAGGGAGGUGGAGGACACUCUUGUGCUACUGGGCACGCCGGAUUCGGUGCAGCCAGAGAUGGUGCCAGAGCUGCAGGCGCGCGGGGUGAUCAAAGUGGUCAUGGGCGACUACCACUACGGCGCGCUCACGCAGCAAGGCGAGAUCCUCACCUGGGGUGCAUUCUCCAAGGGUGCUCUGGGGAACUGGCCCGCGCCAUGGCACCUUGGCUCUGGCACGCCGGAUCGCACAGAGGUAGCAGAGGGAGAUCGGGGAUGGUUGGGGAAUCUUGUGCCGAUGCCGAGGAUGUUGCGUGGCUCGCGUGCGCCACGACAAGCAGCGCGAGCAGGCCAGGACGACGUGCACGAUCCCACGCCGAUUGCGAUUCAUCCUCGCGGCGGGGCGAUGCCGUUUGCGUUCGACCUGGCGUUUGCAGGAUGGCAUUCGUCGGCACUCGCUAUGCCUGCGCCACCAUAG